GAAGGAUUGGUCAACCAGUGAAUUUGGCCACAUAGACAACUUGAAGGAAGAGCUGCCUCCAAACCAGCCAGAACCAAAAGACAUUGGAUUUGUAACAACUGCCAAAGUGGAUGCUGACCAUGCCUCUGACACAACUACGAGACGUUCUCAAACUGGUUUCUUUGUGUGGGUAAAUGGUGCAUUGGUGUACUGGAUGGCAAAGAAGCAGACUGCAGUUGAGUCUAGCAGCUUUGGAAAAAGUGAAUUCUGCGCAAUGAAGUUGUACUGUGAAUAUCUUUGUGGCUUGCGAUACAAGCUAAGGAUGAUGGGGAUCCCUGUACUUGGCCCGUCCUUUAUCUAUGGAGAUAAUAAGCCGCUGUUGGCCAAUACAAGUAUCCCUGACUCUCAAUUGAAGAAGAAAUCUCAGUCCAUUGCGUAUCACUUCAUCCGUGAAGGAGCUGCAAAAGACAAAUGGCGGACGUUGUAUGUCAACACUCAUGAGAAUGACGCUGAUUUAUUGACUAAGCAACUGCCCUAUGGUCAGAAGCGACGAAAGUUUGUGAACCACCUGAUCCAUCAUGUCUAUGAACAUAACUAA